CCCAGCUCACAGGGGGCACUAUAUUUACAACAGCCAAUGAAAAAGCUGUGGAGGGUGAGGAUUUGGUGUUUCAAUGUUUACUAAAGAGUGAUGUGGAUGAAGUGGCAGCUGUGGAUAAGGUGAGGUGGUACGUCAAUAGUUCAAAUGUUCUACAAGACAAUAAGACAUUGGAGGAUGCUUUCAAAGGCCGAGUGUUUUUGUCUGGUGAUGUGUCUAUGGGAGAUCUAUCGAUGACACUCAAGAAUGUGUCUGUGGAGGAUCAAGGCCUUUAUUUGUGUGUCUUCAUAUCGACAAACUCAACUGUUCUACAGGGGGGCGAGACCAAACUCAACAUCAGCAAAGAAUCGGGUGUGAUCAAAGAGUCUGUGGGCACUAUAAUUGGCAUUGUUGUGGCAGCUGUUGGCGUGGCACUAGGGCUGGUUGCUGUGAUACUGUCUCAGUUCAAGGACAAGCUGAACUGUCUGCAGAAGUGACGAGGGCAGCGGCCAUGGCUUAUGAAUGUUAGGAGAGCGGAUAUGAUGCUGAAAAGGCCAAAGGUAAACAAGAACAAGCAGGCAUGCAUAAGCCAAGCUCUGAAUUUCCUGCAUUACAGAAUGACAUCGGUGACAUUUAUCUCAACCAGCUGUGCCACUGAUAUAUGAACCGUCUA